AUGACCAAGCCCGUCACCAUCCUCCUGGCACUGGCCGCUUCUUUCUACCCCAUGAUCGAGGCCAGGGCCUGUACCCAGGGAAAAUACAUGACAGAGAUCGACAACGAGCUGAAGCGGGUCAACCUUCCCACCCAAAAGGCGUACGAGGACCACUCCUUGUUCAGCUGCGGCAGCGAUGGGUGGAUCCGCUGGCAGGUCUACUGCGGCAACUGUGUCGAUGGCGGGUCCGGCAAGAGCGAUUAUUGCAUGUAA